AUGCCUUGUGUACAAUUUCUACUUGAUCAAUUUCCAGUUGAACUUAUUUUCAAUGUUUUUACUUAUUUAACUGCCAAUGAAAUUAUUCAUUCAUUUUAUAAUUUCAGUCGAUAUUUAAGACAAUGUAUAAGAAGUUAUGAACAGUAUAAAAUAAACUUUAAAUCAGUAGGUAAAUAUGAAUUUGAUCAAAUAUGUAAAAUACUUCGUCCUGAUCAAAUUAUGGCAUUGACAUUAUCGGAUGAUGAAGAAACACCUGGUCAGAUGGCUCUUUUUUUUACUCGUUUUCCAACAUUUGAACAGAGUUUUACUCGACUUGAAUAUCUUCGUAUACGAAAUUUUGAAGAAUUUCCUGAUUUAUCUCAAAUGGAACGUCUUCAUACUCUUACAAUUGAUAUUAUACGUAGACCAUCUUAUUCUUUUCAAUAUGUUCAAAUACAACAAUAUGAUAGUAAAUUUGCUAAAAUUUUUUGUCUUCGUACUUUACAUACUCUUAUUAUAAAUAAAGAGUCAUCAAAUAUCGGUUUUACUUUUAAAACUUUACCGAUUGCUGAAAAUCUUCAAGAAUUUAAAAUGGAUUUAAGAUCAAUAGAUAAUCUUCCAUUUAUUUUAAAACGUAUACCAAAUAUACAAAAACUUACUAUCAGUUUAAACAUAUCAUCUUAUGAUAAUGAUUUUACUACGAAAUUUGAUAUACCUCAUUCAUUAACACAUUUAACUAUUAAAGUUAGUUAUGGUCAUCGACAUGAAAUAAAACAAAUUAUUGAAUCGUGUUCAAUGUUGAUUUAUUUAAAUAUUCAUAUUGAUCGAAAUCAAGUGGAUAUUCUUCAAUGGAUCGAUAGUGACUGGUGGCAAUCAGUAAUCGAUGAAUUUCUACCUCAAUUGAAGAUUUUUCAUUUAAGAGUUGAUUUCAAUACUUCACCGAACUUGCCCGGAAUAACAGCUCGUCUUGAAAAAUUUCAAACACCAUAUUGGACAAAUAAUGCACAACGACAUCGAUCAUUUACUAUUGGUGUAAUGCCAUUUGAUAUGUUAUCUAAUGAUUUUAAACAAGAAAUUAUAUCAAAUAAAAGUAUAUCCAUCAAUUUACCCUAUAAUGAAUUAUCUAUUCUUCCACAAAAUCGUAUUUCUAAUGUUGAAAUAUUGGAAUUAGAACAUGCUACUUCAACUAGUGAAUGUUACACAAUGUCAGAUUUAUUCGAAGUUGAAAGAUAUAUCAAUAAUUUAUCGACUCUUGUACAUUUAAAAUUAGAUGUUACAUGUACUAUUACACCUUCUAUAUUAAGUCAACUUGUUAACAUUGCACCUCAUCUUACUCGUUUGACUAUAUCAUCGUUCGAUAAUCAUCUUCAUCCGAUGAUGAAUUUCGAGUAUCCACAAAUACGAUGGCUCGAUAUGAAAUGUGAAUAUUUGCCUAGAAAAGUUCGAGAAAAAUUUUGCUCAUCAUUUUCUUGUCUUGAACAUUUACUUAAUUGUUACGUUUAUAAUGAAGAAGAUUUUGAAGUACUUAUUGAAAAUCUUAAACAUCUACAAAAUAUUACCGUUCAUAUUCAUUCAUAUUAUUUCGAUAGUAGUGAUGAAUUUGAUCAAUGGUUAAAAAAACAUACUGAUUUAAAAAAUUUUACGUUUAAAUUAAUAAAUGAACGACAAAUGCAAUUAUGGAUUGCCCAUUAG